AUGAAAGAUUUCUGGACCAAAGUUCAAGAGCAGGACUCAGAUUUCCUUGAUGGCCAUCCUUGGGCCAAGGUCAACAUCAAGAUAAUGAGGAUGAAGACCAGAAUACAAGGCGGGGGGAUACCUGCCAGCGGCUGCGGCUCCGGGUGCAGAUGGCACCAGGAAGUGUCACAAGCCCCCAGGAUCACCAUCACCCGCCAACUGUCCAAUCAUCCUCAUCUCAAUUUGAAUCUUAUUCCUGCCAAACUAGCCUCCAACAGGUGUUCUUUCUGGGCUGAGCACUGCUUCCAAAAUGUGAUCAGCAAACACCUUGACCAAUCUCCUCAACCUAAAUUUGUGAAAUUUUGGGCAAGUACUUGCACCCACUGUCAUAGCAUGGUGGCAGUCAUAUUGAUGACCAAUCAAACAACUCCGAGCGGCAAGGAUCCUGAAGGCCAAAAUAAAGUCAACCCGAACCCGCCCCAAGACUUGAUGGGUCACAAGUCACUUGCGGGUCGACCCAACCCACCUUCAUCCUGA